UGACGUAAGGACGCAAUGUUGCUGUACGUCUCUUCCUCACUACUCUGCUAGUAGUUAGCAUGUGCACCUAUAAAGCUUGAACGUAAUUAAUAGUUUACAUUGUCAGUAAAUUCACGUUCAGACCUUCGGCAGCGCCAUGAGCACCUUAUGGAUGGGGAACCUGGAGUCCUACAUGGAUGAGAAGUUCAUCACCAGAGCCUUUUCCACCAUGGGCGAGCAGGUGGUCAAUGUGCGGAUCAUACGCAACAAGAUGACGGGUGUGUCAUCACCCAGGGGUGCUCUGGGCUACUGUUUUGUGGAGAUGACAGAUGAGGCCACGGCUGAGAGGUGUCUCCGCAAAAUCAAUGGAAAAGCUUUACCAGGAGCCACUCCGCCCACAAGAUUCAAGUUAAACCGAGCCACCUUUGGGAAACAGGAGAGUGGUCAGAUGUAUUCUCUGUUUGUGGGAGAUCUAACUCCAGAGGUGGAUGAUGGGAUGCUUUAUGAGUUCUUCUACAACCGCUACCCUUCCUGUCGUGGUGGAAAAGUGGUACUGGACAGCAUGGGCAACUCCAAGGGCUGUGGCUUCGUUCAGUUCCCAGAUGAGCGGCUGCAGAAGCGGGCGUUAGAGGAGUGUCAGGGUGCCAUGGGACUGGGCAGUAAACCUCUGAGACUCAGCCUGGCUGCUAACAAUUUAAGGAACCGGCAGCAGCAGCAGCAGCAGCAGCAGCAGCACUCAGACAGGUCAUGGCAGCCCAGCUCAGGAUACAGAAACAGCUAUGACCAGUACAACCAGUACCAGCAGCAGGCGUACCCCGGGUAUUACCCCUCCUGGGGCUACGACCAGACCGGAGGAGGGUAUGGCUACAACUACCAGCAGUAUGAUUACACACAGUAUCCUCCCCCACAGGAGAGUGAAGCCGCUCAGGAGGACGAUGGACUUGAAGAUCCCAGUCCAGAGCUGGAUGUGGUGGAGGCCAACAGGAAGUUCAUGGAGGUCAGUGAGGAACUGUAUGAUGCUCUGAUCGAGUGUCACUGGCAGCCAGCAGAGUUCUCUAUAGAACAGGAAGAUAUGACAUCCAGCCUACCAGAACCCAUUUAUUGCUGAGACUCCACACAUUUUCCUCUGGACCCCCCCCCCCCCCCCUGUUUCCUGAGAUGUUGACAGUGUGGAUUAUUUUUGUAAGGACACAUGGUAACAGACCUUAUUCAUGUGUAUAAACCAGUGGAAAUGCAAAUCUGUGUACACACAUUUCUGAGUUACAACAAAUAAAUAUUUUUGAUUUUUUUUG